AUGAUAACGCCAGACCCGACAAUGCGAAUGGCAUCCCUCAACAACCGGUCAAAGCUGAUGACCCUCCCAUCAGAACUCCACAUCCAAAUAAGCACAUACCUCUCCUACCCAGACGCCCUAGCCCUAAAACACAGCAGUCGCCAUUUCUACUCAAUAGUCUAUACAGGCGUGCAUCUCAAAGUGGACUGGUUGCUCGAGCGAUUUGAGCGCAAGCUCGAAUGUCCCAUGGAGAAAUGCUCGUUCCGCACUGAUGAAUCUUUUUGCAAUGAGCGUGUUCGUCGCAUUAUGGAGCGCCGUCGUUGGCACCUUGAGUGUCGUCGGUCUAGGGGUGGUUGUGUUGUUGUUGAUGGGGGAACUUGUCGGACGGAUUUGAUGCCUACUUGGUUUAGGAUGCAGGGGAAGAGGAAGGUUGUUAGGGUGCUUGGGGUUUGGGGGAAGGAAGCUAUUCUCGUUGGUGCUAUGGCUCUUCUGUUGAAUUUGCUGUGGCAAUUCUAUCGGGGAUGA